AUGCCAUGCUUCAAGGGUCUCGCCGUGAGUAUACACACUCCGGACGGCCCCAUUCCCGAGUUCUCCAUUCAACGCCAGUCUCGGGCAUCACGUAUCGCUUGCUACAUCCCCGUACCGCCGCCCAAGCUACCAGACUCCUCCAGCGGGAAACCCGAACAGUCGACCUUUGCCAUUUCCAUCACGCUCCUGAAUCCCGGCCAGGAUGUCCCAUACUCGACGCCGAAACCGACGCCGGACAACCCCUCACCAAAGCCUAAGGUGGUGGGGGGCCUCCCCGGGCAGACAAGCGAACGAGGGCAGUACUCCAGUGCCGUUGCGCCAUACCAACCCUUGACCAACUCGCCGAAUGAAACGGUCGCGGCUUAUAUUUACUUUGAUGGCCGGCAGAAGGAAGAGGUCGCUACGUUGCUCCGGAGAGGGGAGGAGACCUGGGUCAACUCGCGAUGGGUUAGCGUGCCCGAGUCCGAAGGAGGUGGUCUUGCAGAACGGGAGUUUUUGUUUCGUGAGGUGGGAUUGGAGAGAUGGCUGAAUGGGCUGGAUUUGGAAGGCAAGGAUGUCGCUGCCCGGAUCGAGCGAAGACGGCAGAAGAUGGAGAAACGCCGGCUGAAGCGCGAGUCGGAGGAGGGAACCGGUGACAUGGAGAUGGAUUCCAAGUCGGCAAAGGGGGGCAAGGGGAUCAUGCGGUAUGGCAAUGAUGAGAAGUCGCCUCUGGAGAACGUCUCCGAUGAUGAUAUGUCGUACUCCGAUUCCGACGAUGAUCCGAUCCCGGAGUCCGCUGGACAGAUCAAAGUUGCGUUGUUCCGGGUCCUGGCAUCCGGGGAGAUCAAACGCGGAGAGUACUCGCCGCAAUUUGAUGCUCAUGACGAUGAUGAGGAUAAUCAGAGCGGGCAGGGCAACGACGCGGACAUUGAUCACACGACGAGCUUUGCAAAGCCCAAGACGUUGGAUCCUAAGACAAUCAGCACGCAAACGGUUACAGGCAUUGAUCCUUCUGACAAGCCGUAUGCGAUUUUUACUUUCAUGUACCGAGGAGAGAGACAAUUACAGAAAAUGGGAAUCCUGAAAGAUCCCAAGUCUCAAGAGACUCCUGCUUCCGCGAAGCGAAGAUCGUUGCAAACCGACUUCUCCAGUCUCGGACCCCUCAAACCGGGCGGUACGGUUGGAUUCCUCAAUUUCCGGGACAAUUCCGAGAAGAAGGACAAGAAGAAGAAGAGCGGGGGAGAGGACGAGAUGGACAGCGAUGAUGAUGACGAUGAUUCCAUCCUCGGCAAAGCAGACGAUGAGGAAGCCAAAGAAGACAACCAAGAUUUAACUCCGGAAGAUAUAAAGCGUCAAGGAGAACUUGCGGAGGGUGUCCGUAAAAUCAAACUUAAACGUCAACACUCUUCUGCAAGCUUGGCCGGUGCUAGUAGCAGGGCCGAUGCUGGGAGUCCCCUGAACUCGGGAGAUACGCCAGCCACUUCGAGCAUGUCGACGACGCCCCCUAAUGCACCCGCAAGCAGCACUGGGGCCGCGGAAGCCGCAAAGGCUGCUGUGAAUACACUCAAUGGAGGAUUCGUGGGUAGUCCCCUGAAGAAGCAACGGGCUAGUGUGUCAGAAGCAGAUGAAAGUUCUCUGCGUCGCCGGAUGGAGUCCGGACUUUCCAACGAGAUCAGCGGAGCGCUGGGCAGCGCUGGAGAGCAAACGCAAACUGACCCUCUGGUCUGGAUAGACUGCGAGAUGACCGGCCUCAACCCGGAAACAGACACCAUCCUCCAGAUCUGCUGCUACAUAACCGACGCCAACCUCAACCUCCUCGACCCGGAAGGCUUCGAAACCAUCAUCCACCACGACCGCUCAGUCCUCGAGUCCAUGUCGCCGUGGUGCAUCGACACCCACGGUCGCACGGGGCUCACCGCCGCGGUCCUCGCGUCCACGACCAACCCCGCCGCCGCCGCCGCGUCCUUGCUCGCCUACAUCCAACGAUACGUGCCAAGGCCGCGCACGGCGCUGCUGGCGGGGAACAGCGUGCAUGCCGACAAGAUGUUCCUCGCGAAGGAACCGUACAAGUCUGUGCUGGAGUGGCUGCAUUAUCGGAUUCUGGAUGUGAGUGCGUUCAAGGAGGCGGCGAGGCGGUGGGGGGGUGAGACAUUGUUAAGGGAGGUGCCGCCGAAGAAGGAGGUGCAUCUGGCGCGGGAGGACAUCUUGGAGAGUAUUGAGGAGAUGAGGUUUUAUAAGGAGAGGUUGUUUACGAGGGAGUAG